AUGUGUGCACUUAGAAAGUUUUGUUAAAAUAUAAUUUUUUUUAUUUAGUUAUAAAUGUGAACUUGGUGUUUUUUUCUUAACUAAUUUCAGAAUAAUAUUUGAGCUCUCCGAAACCUUUUUUUUUCUUGUUUUUGAAAUCAAUUUUCUUUUUUUAUAUUUUUAAAAUUAUUUUUCCAUUCAUUCUAUUUGUUACUUAAGCUAUUGUGAAAUUUCAUUUGAUAAUCUAUUUAUUUAAAAAAUGGCAAUGGUUGACUCAUCUACAUCACUGUUACUGAAUGAAGACCUAAUUUCUCUUCCAUUGCACCUUGAAAAAGCAACUUUAGCGUCUGUUCUAGGAGUGUGUGCACACGAUUCAUCUAAAACUUUAGAAUGUUCUUGGAAUAAUAAAGGGAAGGUACGCGUGCUUUAUGAAGAAACAGAAAACCACUUAAAUGAAAGCAUGGAAGUAGAUUCUGAAAGCAUGGACAAGUGUGAACCAUCGCUUAAAGUUAUAGUGGAAAAGUUCUCAAAGGAAGGAUCAAACUAUUUUAAAUAUAUUCCAGAUACAGAAUUAGUUUCUUUGCUGAGACUUGCCUUAAGGUGUAAAACCACAGUUUCUGAGAAGGAAAGCUGUACAAAAAAUGCUGAUACUGUUUUAUAUGCAGUUUUAUCCUCUUCAUUUAGCGAUGUAUUUAUGAUGAAUUUACUAAAAAAGUUAAACUGUGAAGAAACACUGGCAAUCUUACAAAUACUUUUAUCUUUGUUGAAGAAUCCAGAUGUUGACUCACUUGCUGUUGAUUCCAAACCAUCAGAUUAUCAGGUAUUCAGUUGGACUUGUUUGGUUAUUCAAUCACACAUGGAGACAUUGUUACUUUCAAAAGACAAAGAAAUAAUUUUGUUGUUAAAAGAACUAAAUAAAUGCCUCAUAGAAAAGAUGGAAGAAUAUGAAGAUUUUGAAAGAAUUAGAAAUUUUCUACUUUUGAGUAAAAACAGCUUUCCAAAAGAUAAUGCUAGAAAAAAAUAUACUAUAGAAAAUUUAGAAUAAAAAUAUUUACACAUUCU